UUUUUAUUAUUAAAUGUACUUGCAGUCGCAGAGAUGGGCUGUUUAGGCAUGCAUUUUUGACAGUUGGAGGGGUGUAAUAGCAGGAGCCUAAUAUUUGUGAACAACAGACGUAGUUAUUGCCAAAUUAUUUCUCAAUUAACAUUUUAUUAUAUCUUAAAUUAGCAUGCAAAAAAUAAAGUGAAGGGGGCUUUUAAAAUGAAAGUCGAAUGAGAUUUUUAAAGUGAUCUUGAUUUAUAGUUUAUUGUAGCAGAAGAUUAAUAGCUGCUCAUUCACCUUUUUUUUUUAUUUUCGGCCCUUUUAUUCAUACUAUUUUUAUUCUCAGAGUGGCAUGAUUUGGUUUGGGUUCCUCAGAAGUGCUGGAAGUUUGGACAGCUUGACAGUUCUGCCUCCUUGUAAAUCACUCCCAGUAAUUCCUGAAAGGGUGCGAGCGAGGCUGUUUGGGGGGCCGGCCAAAAACUGUAAAUCUUUCACUUUUAUUACCCCUCGGAACAUAUGCCGGCGACGCCGUAACAGCCCUGCAACGCUUUUGUCAAUCCUUGUUCUGCAGCGAAGACAACCAACCAGCCACCCAGCCAGCAAGCGGCUGCGAAAUCCCCCUCUGCUUAUCCAGUUUGGUUUUCCAGUGCAUUUGAUGUUUUUAUUUUGCAUCGAACAUGACCUUUAUUUGGUGAUUAAUACAAAAAACAAUGCAGGAGAAGCAGGGCAUGCUCCUGUGAUUCUUUGUGCUGCAAGGAGGGUGUGAAGACAGACAGACACACACACACACACACACAUACAAUAGUAAAUGCAGAAUGAUAAUGUGCUUUAUUUGAAUACAAUCCACGACCAGCUGCAAGAAAAGCUCACAUGUCACUUAUUAUUCAUUUUUAAACGCACCUGCCACAUCAGUGUCCUGCAGAAACGCAACUCUCCAUUAUUAGGUGAUGCGUAAAAUGCGUCCUUCGUUCGUUUUUUUUUUUUUUUUUACAAAACAAUACAAUUCCUCCUAAUAUGUAAAAAUCUAGACAUUCUUGCAAAAAUUUAGACCCACUGCAACGUGAAAUGGACUUAUCAUGUUACAUGCAUGCAUUGCCCAAAAAUGCUGCAUUCACAAUGCAAUAAUAGGGACUGAUGAUGAAUACAUAAGAUCACAGCACAUAUUCCUGCGUUUAAAUACUGAGGCGUGAAGGUUGCAGUCCUGGAUAUUCAAAGAAGAAGUAGGACCAUUUUCCCAAUCACGCACCUCAGACGAGCACAUAAACGCCACCCUUUAUCAAAAUGGACCUCUGAGGUAAGAGCCCCCUGUUUGAAGAAGAGAACAAAUCACGUGAACAUAUAUGGUUGUUUCUAAAAGGCAGUGCCAUUUUAUUUGUCAUCAUAAAACCUUCAGAAUCAAGCCCCCCCAAAAAAUCCCAAUCUGCACAGGCCUAUCCUCGAUAUCUCACUGGUUGAUUGAUUGCCAGUGAUUUUUUCCUCUUUUCCCCCUCUUCCUUGGAAUAAGGAUACCUUGUUCGCUUUUUUUUUUUUUUUAUUCCAUUCUUUCGGGAAUACUGUCUCCAACCGGUGUAUGGAAAUGUCGGAAAAACAGCAAGAUCAGGUUUAGGACAGCACCGUCUGGAGACAGGGGGGAAAAAAGAGGGGUGAAGAAUUUAUUCUAGAAGCUGCACGGAGAGGAAGUCAGAGCUGAGAGGCACCCGCUUUAUGAUGAAUUGAUCCGCAGGUCGAGAUGGAGGCGGUGAUGAAUGCGUGAGCGAUAUAAAAGAGAUCUGCGCAGAUUUUGCUCACAGACUGGAGCAACUGUGGGAAACACCAAUCACGUGAAUAAUCAGCACCCAUUUUGUGGCCUUGAAUCCACAAAAUGCAGAAGGCAACCUACUACGACAACCCUGGACUGUUUGGAGGCUAUACCUACCCCAAACCAGACUCUUACAGCUACGGCCCUGCUCACCAGUCCUACCCUGCUCCUAAUAUUGAUACUGAUUAUCAAGGCUCGGUGUGUCCUAUUCAGACCUCUGCGGUCAGGCCACCACCGGCCCUCAAAGACAGUGACCUAAACGGGGACUGUAUGAGGCAAAGCAGCGGUCAGAGCAACAACAGUAGCAGCAGCAGCGGCAGCAGCAGCCAAGCGAAUGGUAUUUCUGAGCAGCAGGUACCCCCACUGUCUGCAUCCUCCCCGAGCUCCAACAGCUCUGCAUCCCAGAAGAAGAAGUCUCCAAAUGGCAGCGGGUCGGGCGCGACCACCCCAGCCCUCACCAAGCAGAUCUUCCCCUGGAUGAAGGAGACCAGGCAGAACUCGAAGCAGAAGAGCAACAGCAACUGUGCUGCUGCAGGUAGAGAUCCAGAUGGUGGGGAGGUGAGUGAUGAGAAGAGCCCGCCGGGGCCCGCCUCCAAACGGGUCCGGACCGCGUACACCAGCGCGCAGCUGGUGGAGCUGGAGAAGGAGUUCCACUUCAACCGCUACCUUUGUCGCCCACGAAGGGUGGAGAUGGCCAAUCUGUUGAACCUCACCGAGCGCCAGAUAAAGAUCUGGUUUCAGAACAGGAGGAUGAAAUACAAAAAGGACCAGAAGUCUAAGGGUCUGGCGCACUCCCCAAUGGGACACUCUCCGGACAGAAGCCCGCCGCUCAGCGGGCCCAAUCACACCGGAUACGCGGGCCAGCUCCAAAACGUGAACAGCCUCAGCUACGACGCGCCCUCGCCGCCGCCCUUCGCCAAGCCCCAGCAGAACAUGUACGGCCUGGCCGCGUACACGGCGCCGCUGGGAGGCUGCAUCCCGCAGCAGAAGAGGUACCCGGGCGCCGAGUACGAGCACCACGCCAUGCAGAGCAACGGCAGCUUUGCCAACGCCAAUUUGCAAGGCAGCCCCGUUUACGUGGGCGGGAACUUCGUCGACUCCAUGCCAGCCUCGGGCCCCAUGUUCAAUCUCGGCCAUCUCCCCCACCCAUCAUCCACCAGCGUGGACUACAGCUGUGCCGCUCAGAUCCCAGGAAACCACCACCACGGACCGUGUGACCCCCACCCCACAUACACAGACCUCACCUCGCACCAAGUUUCUCAGGGAAGGAUUCAGGAAGCGCCUAAACUGACGCAUUUGUAAUAUUAUUACGUUUCCUUGCGUGCGCGCACGUGCGUGUAUGUAUGUAUGUGUGUGUGUGUGUGUGUGUACGUGUGUGUGUGCGCUUGCCAAAUUAGGUUGCGCUGUUUUUUUAUUACCUCACUAGGCUAUUAACGACGCUCUGAGAGAGCCGUGUGUACUAUUACAGUAUUAUUGAUAUUAUCAUGAUUAAUGCUAUUGUGUAAUUAUUUUCUAAAUAAUACAGCUUUGUCCAUUUCUCUUAAAAUUUGGAGAAGCGCUAGCCUGAUUGUUAAUAGUUCCUUUAUUUUUUUUAAUUUUUUGUUUAUUCUCAAGUGCAAUGCGCAACGUUUGACUGAAUAUUUCAUGCCGUUACUUGAAGGUAAGUCUUGUAGAUCACAAAAGUAGAAGUUCAUCCUUAGAUGGAAAGAUUUUUAGGGAAAAAAGAAGAAAAAAAAAUGUCUGUAUGUCAAAGGAUCUCAUUUUUCCUCACCCUAUUUAUUUAUUGCGUCAUUUAUUUUGCAUAAUCCCCGGCACUAUAGCAUAUAGCCUAUUUAAUUAUUUAAUUGCCUUUGUAUUGCACAUUAUUUAUCGUUUAUUAUGCGAGUAUUUAUAAGUUUGGAUUUUCAUUGGCAGAUCGGACAGAGCGGUGCACUUAUUGGGCAAAACAGGGUUUGUUUGUUUAUUUAGAAAUGCUACGACUGAUUGGGGGAGAGAGAAAGGAACAUUUCGAAUUGUAUAAAUCUGAGACAAAUGGGGGCAUUUUGUAGCGAGUAAAACAUGUCCACGGUUGAUCUUGUGUCAAAACCUUGAGCGAAAAGUAGACUAUCGAAAAAUCAAAUAUUACGCACACCAGCAUGUCAUUUUGUGUAGUCCUUUGCGUUUGUGUUAUUAUAAUUAUGUCUUCCAUUGUUAUUCAAUUCAGUUGGACACCCAUAAAUUUAUGAAACCCCGAUGAUAUUGAAAUGUUAUAUUUUAUUGUGUUUAACAUUUUGUAAAUAAAGUGUUCAAACUUG